AUGACUAUUAAACAGAAGGUUUUGUUUUUAGAAAAACCAAGAAUAGAAGAACUUAAAAGAUUUGAAACUCUAUUUGAGUGCAUAUAUUAUCAAGUUACCACUGUCGAACAAUGUGUAAAAGAUUUUCAAUCAAAAUUUAAGGACAUAGAAGCAAUAUACUGUGGUUGGAUGGGUUUUUCUCAAUUGGGUGGAUUCCGUGGAAAAUUGAUUAGUUUUGCUCCCAGGAAUUUAAAAAUCAUAACUACUUGUACAGUUGGUCAUGAUCAUUUUGACACAAAGGAACUAACUGAAAGAGGAAUAAUUUUGACUAAUGUUCCAUCAAAUUUAGCUUUUGAAGCAGUUGCUGAUAUGGUUUUGUACAAUACUAUUGCUAGUUUUAGAAAUUUCAAAUUAUAUGAAUUGAAUUUCAAAGAUGAAUUUACCACAACGGGAGUUUUGAGAUCAUCUUUAAUUGAAGGUAAAUUCAACAAAUUAGAAGGCAAAGCUGAGAUGAAGCCAGAAUUGAAGGGAUCUUUUGGUGAGAAAUGCUGUGGGAGAGCGAAUUUGUCACCAAGAAAUCAUGAUGUUGUUAUAGUGGGGUUUGGUAAUAUUGGAAGAUUGAUUGGAAAAAGAUUAGAUCUUAUCGGUAUGAAUGUUCAUUAUGUUAAAAGAAAUAAGUUGACAGAUUCCGAGGAGAAAAAUUUAGGUUACAAUGUAACUUAUCAUCCUACAAUCGAAGACACAAAAGAAUUUGCAGAUUUGAUAGUUAUAGCUUGUCCUGGAUCUCCUAGUACUAAACAUAUUAUCAAUUCGAGAAUAAUCGACAACAUGAAGAAGCCAUUCAGAAUAAUUAACAUAGGAAGAGGAUCCUGUAUAGAUGAGAAUGCUUUGAUUCAAGGAUUAAAAAAUGGUAAAAUACUAUUUGCUGGUUUAGAUGUCUUCGAAAAUGAACAAACAACAGUAAAUCCGGAAUUAAUUGGUAGACAAGAUGUUGUUCUAACACCUCAUAUUGGUUCAGCUACAACUGAAAAUUACGCACAUACAGCUUUAACAUCAAUAGAAAAUAUUGAAACUGUUUUAUUAAAUUUUGAUAGACCAAUUACAAAUGUAAAUUAUAUAUAA